AUGUCGGUUGCGCUCAGGUUAAACGUUUUUGCCCGGCGGUCGAGUCCAUCCUGGUCCAGCAAUGCCUUGAGGCGCAUCUCGCUGUUGCGGAGCUAUUCGAGCGCCGCUUCGGCGGCAGAGGGCACGCUGCCUCUUGCAGGGAUUCGCGUGCUUGAUAUGACGCGAGUUUUGGCAGGGCCUUAUUGUACUCAGAUUCUGGGUGACUUGGGAGCGGACGUUAUCAAGGUCGAGCACCCCGUGCGAGGCGAUGAUACUCGAGCUUGGGGCCCUCCAUAUGCGAAGUACGAAGAUGCAUCGAAGGAGGGACCUGGCGAGAGUGCCUAUUAUCUGGCGGUCAAUCGCAACAAAAAGUCCCUUGGACUGUCAUUCCAACACAAGUCAGGCGUCGAGAUCCUCCACAAGCUCGCAAAGGAGUGCGACGUCCUCGUUGAGAACUAUCUUCCAGGGGCACUCAAAAAAUAUGGAAUGGACUAUGAGACCCUCCGAGAGAUCAAUCCCAAGUUGAUCUAUGCCAGUAUCACCGGCUAUGGUCAGACAGGCCCCUACAGCAAUCGGGCUGGUUACGAUGUCAUGGUGGAGGCAGAGAUGGGAUUGAUGCACAUUACCGGGUCGCGAGAUGGCCCUCCCGUAAAAGUCGGCGUGGCAGUCACCGAUUUGACUACCGGACUCUAUACCUCAAAUGCCAUCAUGGCUGCAUUGCUUGCCCGGGUUCGGACAGGCAGGGGCCAGCAUAUCGAUGCUUGCUUGAGCGACUGCCAGGUCGCUACUCUGGCGAACCUGGCUAGCUCUGCCUUGAUCAGCGGUCAGAAAGACUCGGGCCGCUGGGGCACUGCUCAUCCAUCUAUUGUACCAUACCGGAGUUACAAGACCCUCGACGGUGACAUUCUUUUCGGUGGUGGCAACGAUCGUCUCUUCGGUGUGCUCUCUGAUCGUCUUGGUUUCCCUGAGUGGAAGACCGAUGCUCGGUUUGUCACCAAUAGCGACCGCGUGAAACACCGGGCAGAUAUCGAUGGCUUGAUUGAGAAUACUACACAGCAGAAAACCACCAAAGAGUGGCUGGAUAUCUUCGAAGGCAGCGGCAUGCCAUACGCAGCGGUCAACGACAUCCAGGGGACCUUGAACCAUGAGCAUGUUCUGGCAAGAGGCAUGGUCACCGAAGUUGAACACCCUGCUUGCGGUCCCAUCAAGCUAGUCAACACGCCGAUCAAAUACUCCGAAGCCACCCCAGGUGUUCGUACACCACCUCCGACCCUUGGUCAACAUACCGAUGAGAUUCUGGGAAGCGUUCUCGAUUAUGAGGAGGCAGAUAUUGCCCGGUUAAAGGCCGAGGGGGUGGUUUCAUGA